AUUGUUAAUUGUAGGAAAGAUUGUAUGGAGAUCUGAUUGAAUAAAUUGAAUUGGAAUUAACUACGGACAAAUUGGCUCGCAACAGGUGGUAAUUUUUUCUAUGAAUCUUUCUCAUAACCUCAAAUCAAGAAUCUGGCAGAAUGAAGGAAAUCAAAUAUUGGAUAAGAUAACAACUUUGGCUUACAUUUUAUAAAUAAUUUUUAUUUAAUUAGUAAGAGAGUUUUCAUAUUGAGUUUUUAAUUCGACUAAACGAAUUUGUUUCUGGAAAUGGCCAUCGAAGAGGGAAAAAACAUGAAUGUGGAUGAUUUCAUGAAGUCAAACGGAACAACACCUUUAGAAACUUUAAGUCUGAUUAUUCCCUCGAUAUUGGGUGUUUACAUGAGUACAACUUUAGUCAGCAUACUGAAAAUUGAGGGAACAUGGCAAUUUAUUACAGAAUUUAUCACCCUAUUAGUACCAAUUGUUUUAAAUGUCACAAUAUUUUCUCCUUACAUAAAAGGUCACAUCAUUGUAACAUUCAUACUUUACAUGAGUUUACUUGUUUUGGCUUGGCAACAAUCUCGUCAAUCUAAACAGAAAGUCUGCAAAACUGAAGAAAAAAGAAUACCUUUCAUCACAAAUGCAAGAGCCACAAUAAAUAUAAUUUCUGUGAUUGCAAUUCUGGCAGUAGAUUUCCGAAUAUUUCCAAGAAGAUUUGCCAAAACUUCUACAUUUGGUUUUAGUUUGAUGGAUUUAGGAGUAGGUUUAUAUAUUUUUGCUAAUUCCAUAGUUUCACCUGAAUGUUUGAAUAGAAAAGACUCGUAUAAUAAAAUAGUGAAAAGUUGUAUUCCAUUAUUUAUUCUAGGAUUACUUCGUUUAUUAUUCACUAAAAGUUUGGACUAUCAGGUACCCACUACAGAGUAUGGAGUGCACUGGAAUUUUUUCUUUACUUUACUGUUAACCAAAUGUAUCAGUUCAUUAAUUAUUAGAACAGCUCAUGUUAAACAAAUGGGAAUUUUCUCUAUUCUUAUUCUCAUUGUACAUGAGUUUUUACUUCAAAUUUACUUUCAAGAUAUUGUUAUGAACAAUGAACCUAGAACAAAUUUUUUCUUAGCAAAUAAAGAAGGUAUUUCUUCAGUAUUAGGCUAUGUAAGUUUAUAUUUAUUUGCAGUGUAUUUUGGGCAUAUUUUGAAGGAAGAAGUUUUUGGGUCCACUAGAGUAUAUGCAAAUAUUCGAAUGUUUAUUACAUAUUUGUCCAUUAUUGGAAUUUUAUCAUUUUUUUGUAACAUGAAAUUCGGAACUUCUAGAAGAUUAACAAAUAUGGCUUACUGUUUUUGGGUGAUUUUUGUAGGAAUUUUGGCUGCAUUCAUAUUUUAUCUUGGAGAACUACUCCAAAAGUUUGCAUUUGGAAAACAAUAUAAUUUUAUAAGAUGCCCCUAUAUUUAUGAAGCCGUUAAUUUUAAUUCUUUAGUUUUCUUCUUACUAGGAAAUGUUUUCACAGGUAUGAUCAAUUUUAUUUUAGUUACUAGAAAUAUUGAAGAUUCAAUUGCGUUGACUAUUUUACUUCUGUAUAUUUCAAUAUUAGCCAUAAUAAUGUGUAUAUUAUAUACAAAUAAAGUAAAACUGAAAGUGUGAUAAGGAUUCUCUUCUCAUUUGGA